GUUGAAAGUCAAGUUAACUGUUCUUGAUUGAUUUGAUUUUCAGUAGAUUUUUUAUGUGUCCUCAAGAAUCGUUAAGUAGGUCGUAAAAAUUCACAAUGAUAAUAGGACAUGAAGACAAGGGUGGACAUGGUGCUUUAAUAUGUGCUUUGAAGAAUCCUGGACUGUAUCAGUCGGUUUCCGCUUUUGCCCUAAUCGCUAAUCCAUUGGGUUGUCCUUGGGGUCAAAAGGCUUUUAAAGGUUACUUAGGGGACAAUCAGAAAUUAUGGAAACAAUGGGACUCUACCUAUCUGGCUAAAACGUACUCCAGCGGUCCAAUAGAGUUAUUCAUAGAUCAAGGCUGCAACGAUAACUUCUUAAAGGAAAAACAGUUGCUGCCUGAAAAUCUGUUACAAGCAGCAUCGAGUAAUGACCAUUUGCAAACAAUUUACAAACAACGUGCGGAAUAUGAUCACAGUUACUAUUACAUAGCAACGUUUAUGGCGAGCACAUCCGCAUUCAUUUUCAUAGUGAUGCAAAAUGACGUGAAUGCUAAAGCAUACAAAUUUUAAAGCCAAUUUUUGUUCAUUUAAUUUCAUGUAACUAAUAUACAUUUCAAAGUAAUGACCAAUUGAUUCAUUAAGUACUUUCUUAUUUUUUUUAAUUUUCUCCGUGUAUUUACAAUUUACAAUUAUAUGUAUAAUCAGAUUUUGGAUAUUACAACUACUUUCAAAAAUGAUUGCCUGUCUAUUUUUGCGGCUUCUUGAAAGAUAUAUUUCUUCUGAUUGAGUUGGAAAAGAAAAACUUACACGGCGGGAAAGUUUUAUCCCAGGUAAGCACUCGAUAUCUUCGAGCAUUUGCUUAGUGGGAGACAUGGGAUCAGGCAAUUCUAUUUGUUCAAAGAAGCAGUCCGGUUGCCUGCAUUU